AUGCGGAGCAGCCUGCGAAAAUACGCUGAAAUCUAUGAGGUUUUAUCGUUGACUUUGGUGAUAUUUGCCGCCUUCUUCGUGAUCUCAACUAUCACAAAGCUACAGUUACCCGUCGUCAGCAAUGUGCUUCUUCUCAUCUCCGAGGCGUUCGGCCGCUUCAUGAUGUCGUUGAGCCAGAUGUUUUUGUUUGGCGGAAUUGUUCUGGUCAACAUCUGCACGGCCACCGGUCUGACCUCGUUGAUCCCGAUUUUUGUGCAAGUACUCUUCUUCGGGUCAACGCUGUGGGACAACCUGAUGACGCUAUCCACUGGGAUCCGUCUGGCACAAUAUUUUGUGUCGUUGGGCCGCUUCACCGCCCUCUCAUUCAACGGCCGAUAUUUCCCGUAUGUCCUCAAGUUCCCCUACUUCCAGCUGAUUCUACCGUACACCUUAUCCCUAUUCCUCCAACUCGCUCGUGUUUUUCACAUUGGUCUAGGCUCGUUUCCGUAUUACCUUGAAGAUAUACUACUCUCCAAAUCGGCGGCAAUGGACUUUUUUGCUUACAGGAAGCUGAAAACGGUA